GGUGUGAGAGCUCCUUCUAUCUUCAAUCUGGCCACUCACCAAUCAACACCCCUUGCAUUGCAAAGUAUAUUUUCCGAUGGCAGAAUCAAAGGUAGAUCUUGCAUCGCUCUCGCUCUUCCGCGCGACGCGCGCGCAGGUUGAAGAGUCACGGCACCGGUUGUUUCCGCAUGGGGGUGGUACUUUGAAUCUUGAAGAGUACCUUGCGCGAGAUGCGAUGAUGGAAUGUGCGGAACAUUCAAAGGGUGGGAAGCACAUCACUUGGGUACUGGCGCCACGGAACGACCCCACGACGCUUGAUUUUAUGUGCGCUUGUGAGACAUACAAGCGCACAGGUCUCGUCGUUUAUCCCUCUGAGCCAGGCAAAGUGCAAGAGGCAACUUGCUACGGGGUCGCCAAUGUCUUCACUCCACCGUCAAACCGUAGGCGCGGCUACGCAAGGCGUAUGAUGAGCCUCCUGCAUUGGGUCAAUGCCUCGCGUGACCAUCUCCCUAAAUUCCCCGAGGCGUGGGGUGUACCGCCAGAAGAGGUAGCGGACUCUGGUGAUGGGCUAUUCUCGGUGCUUUACAGUGCCAUUGGGGAAGAAUUUUACCGGUCGGCUGGCCCUGGGGGCAAUGAAGGGGGUGGAUGGGAGUUGCGAGCGCCGAUCUCGACUACGUGGGAGGUGGGCACGGAGGAAGACGAUGACGAGGGAUGGACGUGGUUGGCGCAUGAGGAGCUGAACGGGCUUUGA